AAGAAACUAACCCAACAGAUAUCUCACCUAUUAAACUGACAAUACCAAAUGAGCUGGACAAAAUCUUAAGCCAUCUAAAAAAUAAUAAUGUAGAUACAACACAACUGUCUCUUCUUAUCACUGAUCAAAGGAAUGUCUCUGAAACCCUUG